UGUGUGUCUGUGUGUAUGUCUCUCUCUGUGUGUGUCUCUCUGUGUGUGUGUGUCUCUCUGUGUGUGUGUGUCUCUCUGUGUGUGUCUGUGUGUGUCUCUCUGUGUGUGUGUGUCUCUGUGUGUGUGUGUGUGUCUCUGUGUGUGUCUCUCUCUGUGUGUGUGUGUGUCUGUGUGUGUGUGUGUAUGUGUCUCUGUCUCUGUGUGUCUCUGUGUGUGUGUGUGUGUGUGUGUGUGUGUGUGUGUGUGUGUCUCUCUGUGUGUCUGUCUCUGUGUGUGUGUGUGUCUCUGUCUCUGUUUGUGUCUCUGUCUCUGUGUGUGUCUCUGUGUGUAUGUGUGUGUGUGUGUGUCUCUGUGUGUGUGUACGUGUAUCUCUGUGUGUGUGUGUGUCUCCGUGUGUGUGUCUCUCUGUCUGUGUGUGUGUGUGUGUGUGUCUCUCUGUGUGUGUGUGUGUCUCUGUGUGUGUCUCUGUGUGUGUGUGUCUCUCUCUGUGUGUGUGUGUAUGUGUGUGUCUCUGUGUGUGUGUGUGUCUCUCUCUCUGUGUUUGUGUGUGUGUCUCUGUGUGUGUCUCUCUGUGUGUGUGUGUGUGUCUCUCUGUGUGUGUGUGUGUCUCUGUGUGUGUGUGUCUCUCUGUGUGUGUGUGUGUGUGUGUCUCUCUGUGUGUGUGUGUGUCUCUCUCUGUGUUUGUGUGUGUGUCUCUGUGUGUGUCUCUCUGUGUGUGUGUGUGUCUCUGUGUGUGUGUGUGUGUGUGUGUGUGUGUGUCUCUCUGUGUGUGUCUCUCUGUGUCUUUGUGUGUGUGUCAGGCUCCUGACUGCAGUGUGGUCGGCGGGGGGGAGAAGAUUCUGCUGUUCCGACAUCAGCCCGACUCGGAGCAGCUGCUGCAGCGUCUGACCAAUCAGGACGAGCUGCAGGACGGAGACCUGAUCGAGGUCGUGAUCGCAGGGUCAGCCUCCGUGACUGAGAUGAGGAUCCGCCCCCACUCGCUGGUGGUGCAGUCGUACCGGAGCCCCACCUUCUGCCACCACUGUGGGGAGAUGCUGUGGGGCCUGGUGCGUCAGGGCCUGAGAUGUGACGGCUGUGGGCUGGACUUCCACAAGCGCUGUGCUUUCCUGUUGCCGAACAACUGCAGCCGGGCCCGGCGCCCGGUCAGCACCAGCCUGUCCCUGUUCCCCCCCCGACGGCCCCGGACCCUCUCCCUCUCCAACCAGGCGGGGGGCAGCCUGGAGGAGAUCAGCACCAGCAGGACCUCGUCCAGGCCUCCGUCCUGGGCUGAGCCCCCGGUGUGGCUGGGGGUGGGCGGGGGGGACAGGGCUCAGGUGCCUCACACCUUCCACAUCCACAGCUACACCAAACCCACCGUGUGCCAGUGCUGCCAGCGGCUGCUCCGAGGCCUGUUCAGACAGGGGCUGCAGUGCUCCGACUGCAGGUUCAACUGCCACCGGCGCUGUGAGCCUCUGGUGCCCCGGGCCUGUCCGGGCGAGAGGAGCCGGGUCAACGGGGAAGAAUCCACAGCAGCAGGUCACAGCGGUGAACCCGACCCAGAGGACGAUGAGGUCAUCACCACGCCACACCUCUCUGAUGACGACAUGUCCUCUGACGGCGACGCCCCCACCGACACCAAGCAGGUGGAGCAACAACCAAUGAGUCCGUGCUUCAGCAGCAACAUCCCUCUGAUGCGUCUCGUCCAAUCGGUGCAUCACAGUAAGACGAGAGGCGGGGGGGUGCUGAGGGAGGGGUGGCUGCUGCACCACACCAGCACAGACACAAUGAGGAAACGUCAUUACUGGAUCCUGGACUGGAAGAGCAUCACCCUGUACCCGAGUGAGAGCAGCACCAAGUACUACAAAGAGAUCCCUCUGUCUGAGGUGCUGCAGGUCCGAGGCCCCGCCCAGCUGCCCACGCCUCUGUCCCCAGGAGACCACGCCCACUCCUUCGAGCUGGUGACGGCCUCCCUGGUGUACUGCGUGGAGGCCGGGGAGGAGGGGCCGGCGUGGGAGAGCGCCAUCCACCAGGGCCUGAUGCCCGUGGAGAGCAGCGGAGGGGGAGGGGGGGGCGAGGAGGAGGAGCACGAUCAACGUUCACAGAACACGGACGUCAGCUCCGUGUAUCAGAUCUUCACGGACGAGGUGCUGGGCUCGGGACAGUUUGGAGUCGUGUACCGAGGAACUCACAGGAAGUCGGGGCGGCCAGUCGCCAUCAAGGUCAUCGACAAGACGCGGUUUCCCACCAGACAGGAGACGCAGCUGAGGAAUGAAGUGUCCAUCCUGCAGAACCUGUCGCACAACGGUGUGGUUCUGCUGGAGGGGAUGUUCGAGACCGUCCAGUACGUCUUCGUCGUGAUGGAGAAGCUCCACGGGGACAUGCUGGAGAUGAUCCUGUCCAAUGAGAAGGGACGACUCCCUGAACGCAACACGCGCUUCCUGGUGGUGCAGAUCCUUGAGGCCCUGCGUUACCUGCACUUCAAGCACAUCGCUCACUGUGACCUCAAACCGGAGAACGUCCUCCUGGCCUCGGCCGAGCCCCUCCCUCAGGUGAAGCUGUGCGACUUCGGCUACGCCCGCAUCAUCAGCGAGAAGUCCUUCCGCCGCACGGUGGUGGGCACGCCGGCCUACCUGGCGCCCGAGGUCAUCAGCAGCAGCGGCUACAACCGCUCGCUGGACAUGUGGUCGGUGGGCGUGAUCAUGUACGUGAGCCUGAGCGGGACGUUCCCCUUCAACGAGGACGAGGACAUCAAGCAGCAGAUCACCAACGCCACCUUCAUGUUCCCACGCCAGCCCUGGGCCUCCAUCUCCCUGGAGGCUGUGAGUCUCAUCAACAACCUGCUGCGGGUGUCUCUCAGGCAGAGGUUCAGUGUGGGCAGAGCUCUGGGUCACCCCUGGCUGCAGGACUUCCAGCUGUGGUGCGACCUCCGGGCGUUCGAGCAGAGGAUGGGCUGCAGGUACCUGACGCACCGGGGGGACGAGGAGCGCUGGGUCCGCUGGGCCCGGGAGACGGGCCAGGACUUCCCCUCCCACCUCUGCUGGGAGCCGGAGGACGACCCUGACAUGUGAGGUCGGGGGUCAAGAUCAUGUGACCUUCUUCUUCAUGGUUUAGAACCUUCAUGUGCAGCUGGACAUCAGAAUCUGGGUCCUUCAUGUGAUGUGGUUCUGCAGCUGCGUGUCACAGGUCUGAUGCUGGGCUGGACAGGAUUCAUCUGUGUGUGUGUGUGUGUGUGUGUGUUCAU